AUGGCUCCAGGUGUCGGGGGAAAGAGGAAGAGAGGUGACAGAUCGUGGUCGGGCGAUUCGAUGAACGACAACCAGCGACCUUCGCCUCAUCGACCAGGAAAUCUUAACAUGGCGCAACAUAACCACGGUCCGCAUACCCCUCAGACUCAUCAUUAUUCUGAAACACGUGGAAGGGCACGAAGGCAAUUCAGUCGAGGAGGGAGGAAUAAUUAUCCCGGCCGGAGACUUAGCAAUGAUAGUCAAAACUUUGCCGGUGGCCGGAAGGAUGUAAUGUCCCCCACCAAUACAACCCCGGCGAAAGACAAUACAGACCAAGGUCAGAUCAAUGGUGCUUCUUCAGCAGUGAGCCAACCGCCGCAACCACUGUCUCCUUCGCCUGCUCCUACGUCUCAGUCACCGUCUCAAUUUCAAACCCCUGCCCCGUCGCAAUCCCAAAUGUCCCCUGUCAUCCCCCCUCAACCUCCUUCAGAGCCACUACUGCCAUACGCCUACGAGUACGUCACCGAUACUAGAAUUGAAGAAUGGGUUUCUACAGGCAGGCAAAGAUAUGUAGAGGAUGGAGUUCAAGCGAGGAACGAGCAAGAUUUUUCAAAGCUCGCCUCUAUAUAUCAGGAGCUUAUUCGAAGUGCUUUUUACGGACGACUGGGACCAAAGGAGGCAGGCGAAGCAGUUAAGAAUAUUAUUGGAGAAGAUGCUGUUUCUCGAGAUGUCGACAUGCAAGGUGAAGAUGAAACAGAAGCUCUCGACACGCGUGCUCUUUUCCUUGACACCCUCUUUGCUACUAACAUCAAUGCUGGUCUCAUGCGUCUCCAACUCGACACCCCACUUCUGCAGGCCUUAGGUCUUGUCCGCGACACAUUCGCUCGAAUGGGUAUUCGUAAACAGACGAAUCUCCUGUAUCGACAAUCGAACUACAAUCUCUUGCGGGAAGAAUCGGAAGGGUACUCGAAAUUACUCACAGAGCUUUUUACAACCAGCAACAAUGAACCGCCCUCCAGCGAAGUUGUUGAGGAUACUUUUGAGAGGGUGAAGGCCAUGGUUGGUGCAUUUGACAUGGAUGUUGGACGUGUUCUCGACGUAACUUUGGACGUUUUUGCUGCUGUUCUUGUGAAGCAGUACAGGUUCUUUGUGAAGCUCCUUCGCGCUAGCUCCUGGUGGCCCAAGGAGGACGUCUUUCGUAACAGCGGCGACAACCGUGAUUCGGGGCUUCCUAACUGGGCUCUUCCCGGAUCGUCGGGAUGGGUCACAACGGAUGAAGAACGGGCUGAAGCGCUGCAGGCCAAUGAGCAACGCGACAAAGAUUUCUGGCGCAGAGUGGGAGAAAUUGGUAUCCGUGCUUUCUUCGAGAUUGGCCGUCGACCGGUCUCUAAAGAAGAGUUGAAAAGAAUGCUCCCAGAGUCAAAUAGUCUCUCCGAGGAGGAGAUUCAAACGCGGAAAUGGAUCGAGGAAACAGGAACAUUGCCUCCCAAGGGAAAUCGUGUGGCGGCCCAGCUUCUCGGGUUUAAACUCCGCUUCUAUUCAUCCAGAGCCCGCUCGAAGUCAGAUUCCCUACCGGACAACCUUAUAUAUUUGGCUGCGCUGUUGAUCAAAGUUGGUUUUAUUUCGCUGCGCGACUUGUAUCCUCACCUCUGGAGGUCCGAUGACUCCAUGGACGUUCUAAAAGAAGAAAAGAUAAAGGAAAAAGCAGAGAGAGAGAGAGCAGCGCGGCCGGGAGGGGGAGUGAAUGCAUUGAUGAUGGCUGGCGCCCUUUCGGAUGACACUCUGCCUAUCCCACGUAUUCGGGAAUCCGAAACCCGAUCAGCAACUCCCGGCAAGGACCAAGACGCGGACAAAUCCACGGCCGCGAAAACCGAAGAAGACGAGCUUCCCGAGCCGUCAGACCAGAAAGUGUUGCUAUUAAAGAGUCUACUCGCAAUUGGUGCAAUUCCCGAGUCCCUUUACAUCAUCAGCAAGUUCCCUUGGCUUAUGGACACCUAUCCUGAACUGCCUGAAUUCAUCCACCGUAUCGUCCACCAAUGCUUAAGCAAGGUCUAUUCUUCUUUGCGCCCAUUGCCAUUGUCAGAUGAUAUCAAGGGCCAGAAGCAGAUACCAAGCCAUGAUCAGAGUGGAGUGGCAAAGGGCCAAAUCCGAUCAAUCGAAGCCCCGCCGAGACGAGUCCUGCGGUGGGCUCAGCUAGACAAAGAGGAUACAAAUGAUGGGACGGAUUACAGGUUUUAUUGGGACGAUUGGGCCGACAAUGUCCCUAUCUGCCACUCUGUUGACGAUGUUUUUGCUCUCUGCUCCUCUUUCCUCAACCUGUCAGGGCACAAGCUCGGACAGGAUGCAAUCUUAUUAACAAAGCUUGCAAGAAUUGGCAAGGACAGUCUCAACAAGGACGGUUCACCAGAGAAUUUGUCUCGCUGGCGGGAUCUUUGCAAACGUCUCUUACUUCCGUCGAUCAGUUUGACCAAAGCAAACCCUGGUGUGGUCAACGAAGUGUUUGAUCUUAUUGGUUUCUUUCCUAGGGAAACACGGUACAAUAUGUACGCUGAAUGGUACUCCGGCCAAACAUCCCGCGUCCCCGAUAUCAAGUCAGCGUUUGAUCAAGCGAGAGCAGAGACAAAGGAUGUUCUCAAGAGGCUCAGCAAGACAAACAUACGGCCAAUGGCACGGGCUUUGGCCAAAAUCGCGUAUGCUAACCCUGCAAUUGUUAUUCACGUCGCCAUUGGUCAGAUUGAGUCGUAUGAGAACCUUAUCGAGGUCGUUGUGGAGUGUGCAAGAUACUUUACUUAUCUUGGAUAUGACGUCCUGACUUGGGCGCUUAUCAGUUCUCUUGGCCAUAAAGGACGAAGCCGAGUUCAGGAAGGUGGAUUAUUGACAAGUCGAUGGUUGAAUGCGCUGGCCGCUUUUGCAGGAAGAGCGUUCAAACGGUAUUCGGUCAUGGAUCCCACUCCUGUAUUGCAGUACGUCGUGGAACAGCUUCGGCAAAACAAUUCCACAGAUCUCAUUGUGCUAGAGCAAAUGAUUAGCUCUAUGGCGGGUAUCAUUACCGACACCAACUUCAACGAUUCACAAAUCCAAGCCAUGGCGGGUGGUGAAAUCCUCCAGGCCCAAACAAUCCUUCAAUUGUUGGAUCGGCGCCAUGAGUCAAAGACAACAUCGCGGCGCCUCCUGAAGGCACUCACCACCUCCAAACUUGCUGGUCAGCUUCUUAUUGCCAUUGCCCAGGAACGUUGGACUUGUAUUUUCAAGGAAUCCGAAGGCGAUACCGAGCUUAAGUUGCUGGGAAACGUAUUCGAUGAAAUCCACCGCAUCCUAGCUCAAUAUCUUGAUCUGCUUCGUAGCAACUUGACCGCUGAUGAAUUUGAUUCCUUCGUGCCGGACCUAGCCUCCCUUAUAAGCGAGUUUGGCGUGCAGCCUGAAGUCGCGUUCUGGAUUCGGCGACCGAGUAUCGCUCGCAAAAUAUCUGAAAAUGAGAAGACCAUGCAGGAGGAUGGUUCGCUCAAAGGCGGCGACAGCCAAGAAAAGACUCCAUCUAAGACCGGGACUGACAAGAUGGAGACAGCCGAUGAAGGGGAGACGAUGCCUGCAGAGGCUGAAUCAUCGCCAGAUACUUCAAUGGAUGUUGACAGAGACCAGGACGAGAGGUUGGGAGAUGCAGACGCAGUUGUUAUGGUUGAGCAGGCCCCAGUGGUUACUGAAACCCCGCCACCGACACUGAACCCAGUCAUGCAGGACCUCCAAGAACAAGUGAAAUCCACCUUGCCCCACGAGACUUGGGGCAUUGUCGGCUUGCACUUUUACACGACCUUUUGGCAAUUGUCGCUCUACGACGUACACAUACCCCAGAAAGCAUACGAAGAUGAGAUAGAUCGCCAGAAGAGGAAAGUCAUGGCCAUAAGUAGCGACCGAAUGGAUAUCAGUGUGGCCGGGACCCAGAGGAAGGAGAGGGAAAAGAAGCAAAUUACUCAACUGCAGGAGCGGAUACUGGAAGAGAACAAAGCCCACUUGAAAUCCUACGGCCAGACGAGGACAAAACUACAAAAGGAGAAAGAUCGAUGGUUUGCUGGCAUGCGAGGCAAACAUGACUCUCUGAACAUUUCUCUCCUUGAGCAGUGCUUCCUGCCACGGCUGCUUCUGUCCCCGAUUGACGCAUUCUACUGCUUCAAGAUGCUGAAAUUCCUUCACACCUCCGGAACCCCCAACUUCCGCACAGUUGGUCUUUUAGACCAAUUGUUUCGAGAACAGAGACUAGCUUCUCUUAUUUUCUUAUGUACGUCAAGAGAGGCAGACAACCUUGGCCGCUUUCUCAACGAGGUAAUACGCGACCUUGCUCGCUGGCAUGCCGACAAAUCGGUCUAUGAGAAGGAAGCUUUUGGAAUGAAGAAGGACCUGCCUGGAUUCGCCAUGACGGUUGAUCCUGACGGUAAACCUACAACCUUUUUGGAAUACGAGGAUUUCCGUCGACUUCUAUACAAGUGGCACCGACUUCUAGCUUCCGCUCUCAAGAUUUGCUUGAAUGGGGGCGAGUACAUGCACAUUCGUAAUGCUAUUAGUGUGCUUAAAGCGGUCGUGCAAAAUUUCCCUGCCGUGAAUUGGAUUGGCCGUGACAUGCUGAAUAGUGUGAACAACUUGAGUCAAAACGAUGAGCGAGACGAUGUGAAGAUACCGGCUGCUUCCUUGAUCGGUGACCUUAACCGGCGGGAGAAGAAAUGGAUGCUUCCGCAGGCCUUCAUGAUUACUAGCCAGCCACUGCCGGCGAAGGGUAAUCUGCCAAAGACCGAAAAUUUAGCGACUGAUAAGGCUGGGAAGCCAGGUACUCCUCGUCCUCAAUCCACUACCCCUACGUUGAAUGCUACGGCACCCGUAUUCAAGCCACCAGCCACCAACGAAUCCCAGGGUACCCCCAAACCUGAAACAUCCACCAAUGCUGAAGUUGAAGAUGGUGAAAUCGAGGAUGCGAAGAUGACCGAUGUGGUUACGAAAGCUGCAGAAGAGACAGAGCAAUCACAACAGGAACAACAGGAGCAGCCUGAUGUUGCGCACAACCAGGGCGACGAUUCGACCGCGACAGGACAACCUGGUGCGGAAAUUCCAGCCUCCGAAGAAGGGCCCACCGACGAUAACCCUCCAAGAACAAAUUCCGAGAACCAAAUUGAGGAGGACCCGUCUUCUCAUCCCCAAGCUUCACCUCCUGAAUCUCGUGCGACACCUAAAGGAUUUGACCAAAGUAGGCUGUCGAGUAUCCCCAAACGCCCUGAGACGGAACGCACCCCAUCAAACAAUCAAAACGUUCGAUCUCAAACACAUACUCCAAUGCGUAACUAUCGGGAUGAGCCAAGGUUGCCACCCCGUCCGGAUCUACUUGAGGACCGACGCGAUAGAACUGCGGAUUAUCGGGCUGGCAGAUUUGGUAAUGAUCACGAUUUUAACCGUCCGUUUGAUCAGCCCAUGGCCGAUGGAAGAAACUUUGGUCGCCUCGAUAGGGGAGAGUAUCCACCACGGGGGCCCAUGGAUGAGCCGUUCCGUCCGCAUCCCUAUCGAGAAGGACGCCCUCCACGCGAACAGGAUUGGCAUGAUCGUUCCGGGCGUGUGCGCCCUUCCGAAGUGCGCCCUGGCCCAUCCACGCACCCUGAUCGUGUAGAUAGAAUCCGUUCGAUGCGACAAGAGAAAGAUGACAGGAGAUCCUUACCAUCGAGAACGCUAUCACCUCCAAGAGCGGAACUUCCUAACCGCCCAGAGCGGUUCCCAGCUGAUGACCGGCGAUCUGCCAAUUAUACCCAAGCCCAACCACGGCAUGAAGAUUUGCCUACCGGCCCGCGGAGUGAGCGACUUGGACGAGCUCCUAUGGAUGGAAACGACUCGAGAGAGACUGUGCCUGGCAUUGAUCUUAACCAUGGUCGUCUACGUCAGCCAGAUGCGCCUGCGGAUAUUCCUUCGGGACCUAGAGGAAGGAAUAUCUCAGGCCGAGGUGGGCGCGGUGUGUCGGGUAUGUCGCAUCCACCACCGUCACCUGGAAAUGGCCCAGCCGAACGUCAGCCGCCGACCGGUCCAGGCCGACAAGGGAUGCGUGGUCCUGACCAAGGUUCAUCUGCGCCCGCGGGCGACCCCUCACCGGGUCCUGAGAAGCUCGAUGUUAGUGGGAUGCACCCAGAUCGACUUAAGGUCCUUCAACAGCAGCCUCAGGACGGUUCAUAUAGCGGCCCGGUACGCUCCCAUCAUCACCAAACCUCAGCGCCAGUUAUGCCACCAUCUGGACCGCGUAGUGGACUUGGACCCCCUUCAGGACCGUCUUCUGCAAGUCGUGGCCCUGCUUCGGGAUCUGGUCCCGGCGGUGAGCGAGGGCGAGGAGAUAAACGUUUUGCUGGCAUCAACAACAUGCUGCAGCAGUCUGGUGGGCCAUCGGAGCGCGGAUUUGGCCCCGCGAUCCGUGGCCGAGGUGCGAAUCGACAGACAAACGCUCCACCCCAGACAACUCGACAACUGAGCCCUGUAGGACCCGAGGAUAGUGGACGUUCUAUAUCAGUUCAAAACCGGCCCGAUCUUUUGGCCGGUAGAUCGACUGUUUCGCAGCCAGACGAUGCCCCUCAGCGGAACCGACGGGUUGAUCCGGCAGAUGAAGGGUCGUCGGAGUCACGACGGUCUCAACGCUACUCAUCAGGAGGUAGCCACCCCCACGACCGUGAUCGGGAUAGGGAUAGGGAGCGAGAUCGCGACCGGGAGCGACGAGGAGGCGACGAAGAGGGAACACGCAGUAGUAGUCGUCGAGAAGAGUACAGAGAUCGGACUCGGGAUUAUGAACGCGAGCGCAGUCGGCGAGGUGAUGCAGGAGCGGGUGGUUCCCGAGAGGAACGGCACGAGUCUCGGGAAGUUUCACGACGAGGCGCUGGCUCUCGCGACGAUAACCGCCGACGGCGAGAUCGGGAUGAGAGCGCCGCCGACCCUGCUCAGACGGGCCAAGAACAGGAAGGGCGCCUUCGGCCUCCAUCCUCGCUCGGCGGCGCACCUCCGCCACCUCCACCACCCCCUGUGACCAGUGCUCCCGAAGAAGAUCGCCGUUGGGGUGGAAGGGAGGUGCGGGACCGAAACCGUGAUCGCCCGCGGGACCGCGAUUACCAUCGUGAUGGUGGAGGUGGGGGGCCUCAUCGGAAGCGUGGACGGCCUGGAGGAGACGAUGGCGGCCAUGUGGAUCAUGGCGGCCGUGGAGGUACGCGGAUGGGAGGUGAAAGCAAACGACCUCGCCGUGGAGCUUGA